AUGUCGACCACAUCUAGCCCCGAUACCUCAAACUACACGUCUCUCAACGCCAACCAGCCACCAAAUCUCCGAUACCUUACAAACUUCUACUCCGAACGAGCAACCGAUCAAUCACGUAUAGUAUACUUGUUCCGCAACACCGGUAUCAGCAUCAAAAUCAUUGUGCACACGAAGAUACCAGUGCCGAAAUUUAAGGCUUUGUUGUGGACAUGGAUGCGCAAUAAGCAAUUGAAUCGUAUGGCUAGUGAAGGUGGCGAGGUGGAGAUCUUGGUUGUUGAAAGGUUUGAGAUGGGAUAUGAGGGUGCGAAUGUGGAACACGAAGAUAAAGAGACUGCUAUUAAGGGAAGCGAAGAAGGUGUCGAGGGAACAGAUCCAUAA